UAUUUAGCAUCAAACUUAAAUAUCUUCUCUGAAUUCAUCAGUUAACACAAAUUUAUAGGUUAUCAUCUGUUGUCUAUGGAUUUUCGAGACGAAUUUCCAUAAGAAUGACAGCUAAUCGGAGUGAAAUUGGAGUGAAGGCUGUUUCUCUCUCUGUUUAACACACGAGAAAUCGUAUACCGGGACUGCGAGCGCGCCCAUCGCCCAUUGUAAUUUAAUUAAAAAACGGAAAAUGUUUAACAGAAAUGCGAUGGGCUUCCCAAGAACUCCCGCCCCAGUUCGAAACUCAUCUCUGCUGAUGUCGGCAUCGGCCAUCCUCGAAACACCAACAAUGAUCAGGAAAACCGGAAGUCAGAAUACUGGUCCGGCGAAUAGUGGUUCCAUUUUACAACCUGCUUCAGCGGCAUCUGCCGCAGCAAUGCAGUUCCUCAUGAUGCAAACUGCCUUUACCAACCCAGAGAAAGCCCACGCCGCUCACCAGAAAAGUAUUCCGGAACGAACGGAAUCGAGCGUUUCCCAUUUUAAUUUGUCCAUGUCCAAUAUUCCGGAUAGCACAACGACGGUUGCUACACGGAUUAUCGAAAACUAUCAAGUUUCCAGUAAUGGAAAUGAACUGAAAAGAAAGUUGGAGCCCGUACCCUCGAAGUCGUCGAAAAGAGGCUCAUUCGAAUUGCUUCCCUUGAGGCCGCACAACCGAAUCGGUAAGUCCAAUUUCAAUCUCAAAGCUCUCCCACCGAUUCCGUCAAGAUCGGACAGACAAGAUUCGUCCAGCACAGCCAAACCUAAUGUCGGCAGUAUGCUUCGCAUCAUAACUGGUUCGGUUGAUAAUAUACUGAAGCUUAGCAAAAGCCCACAAUCCGGAGACGGAUUGACCCUGGUGGAGCUUUUUGCCAAUAUAUUGAGCUUCAAAACGGGUGCGUACGAUUGCGAGAAGAUUCUGCUGCUGCGCAAUCGAUCCGGUCCCAUUAUUCAGGGAGUUUUCUACGAAAUAGACUUUCGUAUGGCCGGAAUUGGGGUGGGUGAUCUGGUGCGUUGCGUUGGCCGCCUUUCGGGUGGAUCCCGAUUGCAGAUAUUGAAGAUUACACAUGCUUCGCUCGAGGACGAGCAAAUGGCUGCUCGGCUUCAAACCGUGAGCGGAUUUGUGACCAAUGUUAAACGUUGAUCGAAUCGUAAUUAAUUUGUAUAAUAUUCUUUAAAACUUCUGAAACUGAAAUGGUGUGUAAAAUAUAUGUCGUCAUACAUAGAAUCUAAAACUACGGAUUCAUCUAAUAUGAUAAUCAGAUUUUUAGUCAAACUCAUCUUCUUAGUAACCGGUAUUUUAUAAUAAAAUUUGCAACUUAUCAUUACUGUAACUAAA